AUGGACCAAGAUGCAGAGGGCAAGGACAAAGGAGAGGUAGAGGGGCCCAUAGAGGAAGAUCGCUCUCAAUUCAAAUGGAAAAAUUCAUUGCUUGCUGACGUUUCUCCAAUCCAAUGGCGCAACAAGCAAGCUAUAGCUAGUAAUAGCCGCAGUUCAACCAAGGUUGAGAAGGUGGCUAGGAUUUCGGUCUGCUACAUUCUUCUUUGCGGUCAAGUUAUCUUGCUACUAACAGUGUUGCUUUUGCAAUGUUUGGAAGGAAUACACCAGACACAUCCGGAGAGAGCAACAGCUGCAUUCAGUGAGCAGCCACAGGAUAACGUCACGUCGUAUCAUAUCAUACCAGUUGAAUGCGUGAGUUAUACGGAACUAUAUGAAUAUAGGCCCCCGUCGCCAGUUGUAUUCUGCAGCCAUCUACUUGAGUUCAUACCCUGUCAAUAUCCAGUGGACCAUGCACAGAACUCCACUGCCAUUCUGGAGAUGGGACAUCGUUGUUUUGGAGUGCAGGUACACAAAGAUGUGAAUCACACACCAGUCAUCUGCAACAUUGAGUGCGCUGGACCCAGGGAGUUCCUGAGAGGGAAUGAGCCGUGCAUCAAAUACGCUGGCCACUAUUUCAUCACCACUCUGCUGUAUUCCUUCUUCCUGGGGUGCUUUGGAGUGGACCGGUUCUGCCUGGGGCACACAGACACAGCUGUGGGCAUGCUGCUGACCCUAGGAGGCCUGGGCAUCCGGAGGCCUGAUGCCUAGUGACAACAGCAACUGGUGCACCUUCUACUGAGACCAGCAAGCAUGGGUUGAAGACCUUUUCAGGUGGGUUUACAUUGCAGAGAUGCAGGCCGAAUAUUUACCUUUGCUUAUUUGUGAAUUACAGUUAAGAGCAGUUUUGACCAGGUGUUGGAUGCCUUUCUAUCCGAUUCUCCUAGAGAAUCUUGACACCUGACAUGCUAUCACUUUGUUUGCACAUGCCACAGAUGACCAUUAAUCGCACCAUAAUAACCAACGUGUCGGCCGUUAAACGCAAUUUCCUCAGUCUUUUCUCUCACCAUGGGAAAACGAGAAGUAUGAGCAAAUGAUGUCUGGACCAGGGGCAUGGUUGAGUGGCUGGCAUGUUCGAAACCUUUUGCCUUCAGUAGGCUGCUAUAGAUUUCUCUGCUUUGUUUUGAAAGACUUUGGGUCGAAAGGUUAGACCACUGAACUGUUUUAAGCAAAGGAAAUGGUUUGCUAUGUUGUCUAUAUGAAAGCUUAAAUCUAUAUGUUUCAUUUAUGCAAUUGUAUGCGUGCACAAGUUACACAACAUCUACGAUGUCCGAGGGUAAUUUCACAACACAUUUACUUGAAGAACAGUGCAGAUGCAAAGUUUAACAGGAUGACUGCCCAAACGGCACACACUGUCCUUCUGUUAUCGAACUUUGCACCGCCACUGCUCUUCAAAUAAAUGUUUUUGUAAAAUUGUCAGUGGGAGUUGUUAAAAGUAGUCCUUGUGCAUCUAGUUGUAUGGUUUGUUUAACUUUGCAAUCAUUGGAUUUUGUUUUGACAUUUUAAAGUGAAAAAUCCAAGUCCCCCGACUCAUUCUGUUACCAUGGAAUUGCCCAUGACCAUAUGAUGAAAAUUGUAAUAAAAUAAUAAAUAUAUAUGUUCUCGCUCAUCACUGAAGCUUUGCAAUGUUCUAAAGGAUUCAUUUGAGCUGUUCCCCUUUCAUCGUACUACAUGUUGAUCAUCUCUGCACAGUCCUUUUCUUUACAUCUGAUGUAUACUAAAAGUACAUAAUAUUGGAUGUUGGCAUUUGCACCCUUCCGUAGUGCUGGUUGCAUUAGCCUACAGGGGUCACACCUACUGAUACUGUUCAAAUUGCAUACAUGUAAUUCCAAAUGUAGUUCUGUUGUGUUCAUUUGAAAAUAACUUCAUGAACCAGAGGUUAAAGACACAUUUAGGACCCUAUAUGUAAUGCUGUUCAUAUCUACCCUCAAUAAUUCAAUGAUUGUUUUCUAUUCCUUUGUUAUGCAUUGAAAUGUUUGUCUUUUAUUUAUACUUUAACAGAAAUAUAACAACUUGCAACAAUUUCAAAGAUUUUUACUGAGUUAAUGAGGAAAUCAAAUAAAUAAAUUAGGUCCUAGUCUAUGGAUUACAUAUGACUGGGCAGGGGUGGAGCCAUGGGUGGGCCUCCAAGGCUCACUUGGCAGCCAGGCCCGGCCUCAAAAAGGCUUUAUUACAGAUAAAUACUCCUCAGCCCCCCCCCAGGAGAUCCCUCAGGUGAAGAGGCCGGUUGUCGAGGUCCUGGGCUGGCAUGGUUACACGUGGUUGUUAGGCCGGUUGGACGUACUGCCAGAUUCUCUAAAACGACGUUGGAGGCAGCUUAUGGUAGAGAAAUUAACAUAAUUAUCUGGCAACAACUCUGGUGGACAUUCCUGCAGUCAGCAUGCUAAUUGCACACUCCUUCAACUUGAGACAUCUGUGGCAUUGUGUUGUGUGACAACUGCACAUUUUAGUGGCCUUUUGUCCCCAGUACUAGGUGCACCUGUGCAAUGAUCAUGCUGUUUAAUCAGCUUCUUGAUAUGUUACACCUGUCAGGUGGAUGGAUUAUCUUGGAAAAGGAGAAAUGCUCACCAACAGGGAUGUAAACAAAUUUGUGCACAAAAUUUGAGAGAAAUAAUGUUUUUGUACUUGGAUUUUUUAAAAUUUCAGUUCAUGAAACAUGGGACCAACACUUUUUACAUGUUGUGUUUAUAUUUUUGCACUACCUUAUUGUCUUUUAAGUGAUAGGCUACUUGAGUAAAAUGACUGCCUUCUAUAAAUAUGGACUGAAAGCUGAAAUUGAUACAUUUGAUAUAAUAUUAUGUCUUCCAAAAUGUGACAUUUUGGGAAAAAAGGUUGGCAAAAAUGCAUCUUCCUAGGUGUAAUGUGAGAGAAUGCAGACUGUGUUUGCCAUCCCUGCACAUCAAGUGUUUGUGGUUCAAUAAAAUGUUUGUUUGAUUAAGUA